AUGAAACCUAGAGCCAAAGCUAACAAUCCCUCAGCGAACAUCCGCUACCACCUCUCCCACCCACUGACCCCGCGUCCCCUCCACUUCUCCCGCAACCGCUCCCUACGGCACUGGACAAUCCACCGUGCCUGGCUUCUCUUCCUACGCAAGCGCCGCUGGGCUGAAGAGCGCGAGUUGGAACGACAAUACAUGGCCAUGCGGUCUGCAUGCGAACACCUACGUCUAAUGGACAACAACGGCAACCUAGUCAAGGAAGAGGAGGCUGGCGGUCAGGGCGCUGAUCCAAGUAGGCUUGGAGCGAAAGGAAGGGAGGUGGGCAGGUUAUAUCGGAGUGCGAUGUUGAAGAGGGGGGUUUGGGGCAGUGUGCCUGUCGAGUAUGGCAGGGUGCAGACGGAUUUCCCGGCGAGAGAUGGCUGGAAUCAUGCGUGGACUAGGAAUCAGUAG